CUCAUUUUCACUUUCACAAGUCGUGGCAGCCUCUAGAGUCUUCAAAACAAUCACUUGAACACACACCCGCAAUUUUCACACUAAAUACAAAGCCAGCGCCAUUUUUCACAGAUCCAACUCACGCUCUGCUCUCUCUCCUCACUCUCACAAUUGGUUUGAUGUUCUGAAGACUUUUCAGAGUGAAUAUACUAAGUUUGCUACUGUACUACCUGAUACAAUUUAAAGACAAGGUUAACUGUAAUUUUUUUGUUUCCCAAGCAUGAAUUUUGUUUUUCGGGGAACUAGAGGAGAUAUUGAAAGUGGAUUUCCAGGUUUUAUACCUGAACGACCUGCAGUGCGUAUUCAUGCAGCUCGUCCAGUUAAUAUAAACUCACUUGCUUUUCUUGUAACAGUUCUUUUGCUGUUCAUGAUUUUAAACUCUCACCAUAUGUCACCGAACUUUCUGCUCUGGCUAGUUGUUGGCGUAUUUUUGAUGGCCACAAGCCUGAGGAUGUAUGCCACUUGUCAACAACUUCAAGCCCAGGCUAGGGCUCAUGCUGCAGGAGCUAGUGGCCUGCUUGGUCAUACUGAACUGCGACUCCACAUGCCGCCAUCAAUCACGUUUGCAACCAGAGGACGGUUACAGGGGCUAAGGCUUCAGCUUGCACUUCUUGAUCGGGAAUUUGAUGAAUUAGAUUAUGAUACCCUGAGAGCACUAGACUCCGAUAAUACUUCUGCAACCCCUUCGAUGAGUGAGGAAGAGAUAAAUGCCUUACCUGUUCACAAAUACAAGAGUCCUGGCCCAGAGAGUGCUGGCUCAUCAUUGCAACAUCCAUCAUCUUCCUCCUACCCAGCUGAGCUGUCAAAGCAAGAAUCUAGAAAAACAGAUGGGUGUGUGAAGGCUUCAGAAGAUGAACUGACAUGCACUAUUUGCUUAGAGCAAGUGAAUGGGGGCGAGCUUGUGCGUAGCCUACCUUGUUUGCAUCAGUUCCAUGCCAAUUGCAUCGACCCAUGGCUACGGCAGCGUGGCACAUGUCCUGUGUGUAAGUUCCGGAUGGUAUCAGGAUCUAGAUGGCAGGAAAACAGGGGAAGUGAAUCAGACGAUUCAGACAUGGUUUGACAUAAACUUCUUAUAUCCAUAUAGUAUAAUGUAUAACAUCUUGCACAAAAAUAAUAGUCUGUAGAAGCAUGUGUCUACAACCUCACCUCACCUCACCUCACCUCAGGGUUUGGUGUUUAUCUGGCUUUUGGGUUUGUAAAAGUGAAGGAAACUGUACUGUAUGUCAACUAAGUUUUCUUAGCCUUGUAUAUUUGAGUUAAAAAAAUACAUAAUGAUACUCAUCUAUUAUUGUAAUAAUUAUGAAGAUAUGGUCAGGAUGUUGCUUUGAUGUCAA